ACAUCGUCAGUACCCCCUCGUGCGGAAAUCAUGAAGCUCUCCUCCACCUUCAUCGCUCUUGCGCUUGCAGCUGUCUCGUUCGCGAGCCCUGCUGCCCGUGCCGGCUCCGGUUAUGUCCAGACUUCCGGACAGGCGUUUACUCUCGACGGUGCACCCUACACGGUCUACGGUGAAAACUCGUACUGGGUUGGCCUCUCCGGAUACUCCACCGACCAGAUGAACCAGGCGUUCUCUGACAUUGCCGCCACCGGUGGCACGACUGUUCGUACCUGGGGCUUCAACGACGUAAACUCGACGACUGCAUCAGACCACCCUGUCUACUAUCAGUACUUCGACGGUAAGAACAUCACCGUCAACACCGGGGCCAAUGGUUUGGCAAACUUCGACAACGUUGUUGCUGCCGCGAAGGCUAACAACAUCAAGCUGAUUGUCACUCUGACCAACAACUGGGGCGACUACGGUGGCAUGGACGUGUACGUCAAUAGCAUUCUUGGCUACGGGCAGCCGCACGACUACUUCUACUCCAACCCCGACGUCAUCGCUGCCUACAAGAACUACGUCAAGGCUUUCGUCUCUCGCUACGCCAACGAGCCGACCAUCUUCGGCUGGGAGCUCGCCAACGAACCCCGUUGCGGUGGCUCGACGCCUGCAUCCUCGGGCACCUGCACGACGAAGACGAUCACCACCUGGAUCCAGGACAUCUCCUCGUACAUCAAGACUGUCGACAGCAACCAUCUCGUCGGCCUCGGCGACGAAGGCUGGUUCAACUGGGCGAACAGUACCUCAGACUGGACCUCCAAUGGUUCCAAUGGAAUCGACUUUGACGCAAACUUGGCUAUCAGCUCUAUUGACUUUGGAACGUUCCAUCUGUACCCUGGCACUUGGCAAGAGAGCUCGCCGAGCUACGACCAAUGGGGCCAGACCUGGAUCCAGAACCACCGCAAUUCUCAGGUUACUGCUAACAAGCCUGUGCUCCUGGAAGAGUUCGGUGUCACCGUCAGCCAGGAUCAGACCCAGACAUACAACGACUGGUACUCAACCGCGAUAAACGGUGGUCUUAGCGGUGUUAUUAUCUGGCAAGCUGGAUCGAACUACUCGAGUGGUAACUCUCCCGACGACGGCUUCACGGUUUACCCCGGCACUGAUGCUUACAACGUUGUAAAGACAUUCUCUGCUGAGAUCAAGAAGCGGGACGGUACCUCCUAG